AUGAAUCGCGAAAAUGACGACUUGAGAAGAUUCAAAGGCAGACCUCUGUUCGAAAACGUGCACCGAGUGAAGCAGACGAGUCUGCUCUCGCACAAGGCCCUAGACAUUGACAUGAAGGGGUUCCUAAAUUUGGCGGUGAUUUUAAUUUGCACCGUGAAUUUCAGGCUGAUCCUGGAGCGCAUAAAGAAACAGGGGUUCGUUGUGAAUUUGCCUCACAGUAGUGAGGUGGUGAAGAAUUUGCCUCUUCUAAUUUGUUUUUUGUGUCUAAGUGUAAGUCUGUUUUUCAGUUGGUUCAUAGAAAGGCACGUGACGUGUUGGUUGUUGUGCCAGCCGUGUGGUAGUGAUGAGGGUGUCGGGGGUAGGAAGGGGCCUUCUGGGCGCUUCCUACGUGAAGGGAAAGGCAGCAAGAUGAAGGAGUUAACUAAUUGUGAAUUUAUGGACCAGAUGGGUUGCUCCCGAGCGAGUGACGAGGCGACAAACGAUGGGAGUGUGCAGAGCGGCGGGAAGAGCCCCUCGGGGGUGAGGCGCAGAGGUGGAAGGAGGGGGCAACGGGGGGGUGUGCAGGAGGAAGAAGGGGAAGAAGUGGAAGAAGCGGAGGAGGCGGACGAAGCGGUGGCCGCGUCGCGAGGAUACCCCUUUGGCUCCCUCGCCAACAACCCUCACAGUCGAAGCGAAAAGCCGAGGGGGUGGAAGAACUUCCAUCUGUCAAUUUUUCUACUGAGGUGCAUAAACAGCGUGUUCAUCCUGCUGCUGCCCUACCUAACGGUGACCCACUACGACGCAGAGCCAAUUUUAUCGUCGAUCCUGCUUACGAUUUCUAUAGUCUGGUUUUUUAAAAAUUAUUCGUUUCAUCAAGUUUGUUACGACACUAGAAAAUUGCACAUUGAACAGGUGAAUCUCGAGAGGAUAAAGGACCCCUCAUUUGAAAUAAGCUACGUAAAGAAUUACCCCCACUGUUUAAAACUGAAGGAUUAUUUCACUUACAUUCUGAUGCCGACGCUGUGUUUUCAGUACACCUACCCAAGGACGGACAGAACCAGGUGGUCCCACGUGGCCAAAUACUCCAUAGAGGCAAUACUACUAACCGUAAUGGUAAAAAUUAUCCUAGAGCAGUAUAUUUUUAUUACGAUAGAAAAUACAUUCACCAUGAAAGAAUUCCGGUCGGCUGUGCUGACUGUUAAGGUCACUCACAUAAUCGAGCGGAUGCUAAAAAUUUCCAUUGGGACUUUAUACAUUUGGCUGAUUGGGUUUUUAAUUGUAUUUCAUCAUUGGUGCAAUAUUUUGGCUGAAAUUACUCGAUUUGAUGAUAGGCUGUUUUACAAAGACUGGUGGAAUGCCAGCUCCUUUGCAGAUUACUGGAGGAAGUGGAACCUGCCCAUUCAUUAUUUCAUCCACAGGCAUAUUAACAAGCCGUUGAUUUACUACGGGUUUAACAGAAAUUUCUCUAUGGUGAUUGUUUUUUUCAUUUCUGCUUUGCUGCACGAGUACCUGAUUAGCAUUCCUUUGAAAUUGGGUUUUUCGGGAUAUAUUUUUUUUUUUUUCAUUGGGCAGAUUCCCCUCAUCCAGUUGACGAACAACGACUAUUUUAAAAAGCACAAGACCACUGGGAACUCCAUUUUCUGGAUUGUCUUUUGCAUCACUGGCCAGCCCCUCAUUUUGUUCAUUUAUUACUACUCCUGGGGGAGUCGCAAGGGCAUUCUCCACCGGUGA